AUGGUUCACCUUUCUCAAUCAGAGUGGCCGGCAUGGACCUACUCCGUUGCUGCCGCCGACGACUUCACACAAUAUGCCCAGCUGCCAGACUACUCUUUGCUUGCCGAGUCCAUGAAGGCAUACCAGCAACAGCAUACCCACCUUGUUCACCACCAGCAGAUGACUCGGACGACGGAAUCAAAGCCACGGCUUUCAAAAGAAGAAGUGGAUCUUCUCGAGUCUGAGUUCCAGAAGAAUCACAAGCCAAACAGCAGCACCAAGAAGGCUUUGGCUGAGAGCAUGAGGGUUGACCAUGCACGCAUCAAUAACUGGUUCCAGAACAGAAGAGCUCGCGAGAAGAAGGAAAACAACAUUCGAGAGUAUGAAGCCAGGCAGCGAGCUGAGAAAGAAGGGACCAACCCAUCACAGGCUGGCCUCGAAUGUUCAGAUCGCAAACGUAGCCUUGGCGCCUCCUCUGCUCCCUUUCCCGAGCCGCGCCAGACUUCACAAACCAAAGAGCAGUCCCCAGACGCUCCUUCACAGCUCUCAACUACAUCCGAAAGCUCCACUGAUGCCUACGAGGCCACAUCGCCCGUAACACCGCACAUUGGUCCUUCUUCUCACAGGUUCCACCAUGCGGACGAUGAGCACCACUUCUUCGCUACAGAUGACGCUGCUGAUGAGGCCGUGUCUCCUUUAAAGAACGGGAAUGAUUAUGUCUCGGCGCUAGAUUCAGACAUGUCUUUCGCUAAUGCGUCGGCCCUGGACACCAUGCUUUCCAUUGAAGAUGCUACCAGUGACUAUACAAAUGAGCUCCAGGAAAUGGACCUCGAGCGGAUAACGGCAUUUCUGGACCAGACUGCUCUUCCAAACAGUCCGGAUAGGCGCCUCAAGUCUCCUUGCCCAACAGACAUUGCCUCUCGCCGUAAUCGUCAAACUCCCCAGCUAUCAAUCCAUGGAUCUCGAAGCUUCUCUGGCUCCUUAAGAUUCGGUUCCGAUGCGUCUAGACGUUCGGAACAGGUUGGCUCAAUGCGUCGAGUUGUCUCUACGUCAGGGACCGGAAGAGUCCGCAAGUUAUCUGCGUCUUCUGCCACGCCACGGAGCCCCUUUUAUCAAAGAAACCGAUCGCCAAUGGGCGCAGGGUCAGCAGCACCUCCAACCCCUAGUACCCCCGUCGUCGCAGAGUCACACAAUAUCAAUGGCGGCCUGUUCCCUUUGACUACCAAGUACUCCUCGUCGGCUCUUGUUCAGGAUCCCACUUUGCGCACGCCACCGGCAACGCCAGCCUUCUUGGAGAACUUUGUCUUCAAUGGCAACGGCAACUCCUAUGCGAUGGGCAACUUUGGCUUUUCUGACGACCUUGAUUCGUCCAUUCAGGCAACGGCUGCCUCCAGCCAGCCUACAACUCCCAUGUUUCCCUACCAAACGGGAGCUGGCUACUUUUCUGGCUAUGCGAGCGGCUCGGACUAUAACUGGCCCUAUUCAUCAAACGCCGGCGAGCCGUCCUCAGAUUUCGCCGCUCCAUACCACUCAUCAAUGGGCAUGCUUUGA